CAUACGUCAUCAUCAUGCGUUUUUUCAUGCUAAGGAAGAAGCGGUGAGGAAGGAGAAAUGGCUGCAAGGUUAUUGCUCCGCUCAGCUUUUAGAGCUGCCACAGCAUGCAGGUCUGCCCGGGUACCCGUCAUGGCCCGCACAAUGGCCGCUGGAGGAAUUCCCAGUGACGAGGAGCAGGCCACUGGACUUGAGAAAGUUAUCAUGAAGGCCAUGGAAAAAGGAACAGAUCCUUAUAACAUGAUGAAGCCAAAGGAAUAUGCCGGCUCUAAGGCUGACCCUCAUCUUGUUCCUUCUAUCAGUAACAAGAGGAUUGUCGGCUGUGUCUGUGAUGAAGACAACACGGCAGUGAUUUGGUUCUGGCUUCAUGAAGGCGAGCCUCAGCGUUGCCCAUCAUGUGGUGCCCACUACAAACUGGUUCCACAUGAGCUCCCACAUUAAUAUAUAAUAUUUACUCAUACUUAUUUUAAUUCUCUGCUACAUGUAUGGGCCAUAGAGCACCUGUAUUCCAUUGGAACAAGAUGAAAGGAUGAGACCGUUGGAGCGCUACCAUGAUGAAAUCCUUUCAGUACAUUACAUUUUAGUUUCAGUAGUCAAGUGUAUAGUUGAAUCCUGUUCUGUUGCAGUACUUGAAAUUUCUAACCUCAUUUUUUUCUUUACCUCAUCACUCCUGUUAGUGUCAAGAGGGAACAUUAUUGGACUGUGGGACACAACUUUGAAAGUAUUCAAACAACCGUUUACUCUGUUACACUUGAACCAGUACAAUUAAAAUAUUCUAAAUGUU